CUUCGGAGGAAAUGGAAAACCUGACAAUGGCAAAGAAAGUGUGAAACUUAAAGAAGAAACUGCUGAAUCGUUAACUUCAACCAUGACUGGGUGGCUCAGCUUUGGAGGUGGAAGCAAAAGUGAGACAGAAGAGGAACAAGAAGCAGAUGAAGACAAAGAACCCACAGAGAAAUUCAGGAGCAGGAGGAUGUCCUUGGACCUUGAAGGCAGCCAGUUGCAGGAAGAGGAGAAGAAAGAGAUGGGGACUUUAGGUUGGCUGGGGAAUGGGCUGUCAAGCACACUGGGGUUUGGUUUGACCAGUCAGGAGUCAAGACAGGAGAAGGAGGAGAAGGUGCAGGCUAAUUCUUGGUUAAACAUGGAGAUUGGAGGUAUUCUAGGUUUCAGGAAAGAUAAAGUUGGAGAUGAAGAAAACAAAGAAAGUGAAUCUAAGGAGGCAGAAAUAGUCACAACUUUAGAGCAACCAACAGGAUCGCAGAAUGUGGAUCACAGUGAAUCAGAGGAGGAAAUUAUUAAGACAAGCAAUAAUUUAAAGGAAGUGGAAGAACUGUCAGAAGACCAAAAUAUCCCAUCUACAGAACCACUUAAUGGUCAGAGUGUUGAUAGCAACACAGAUAUUUCAGACAGUGGGAUAAACAGCGAUUUCCAUGAAGAGGCUGAACCCACAGUUGAUAACAAAGAUAUUUCUCCUGAAAGGAACUUUGAAGAAGAAUCUCAGGCUUUAGCAGAAUUACCCCCCAGUAAAGAUGACGAUGACAAUAUAGAAAAAAGCAAAAUAAAUGAGGAGAGAUCUGCAGAAAGGGAAGAUGAAGACGCUGUGAUUCACAAACCAAUUGGAAAUGAACAUAUGGAUAAUAGCAGGGAGUCAGGAGAGGAAGAAAGAAAAACUCCAAGUGCUAUCAGUCAGGAUUCAACACCACCAUCUGAAACACCAUCUGAAAGCAUUUUGGGCCCUGAUCUGGUCAAGGAAGAUGAAAAAGACCAGAUGGAGAACAAGAAAUCAGAAAGUGUGGAGGAGGAAGGGGCAGAAAUCACAAAUCAAACUGAUAACACAGAAGAACCCACAGAAAUGGCUCUUAAAAUCACCAGGGGUGACGAUAAUAAAGGAGAAGUCAGUAAUGAGGAUACAGAUUUACCUGAAACUCAGACUGAGGAGCUGAACGGUGAUGUAGAAGACAGUAGCACAGAGAGCCAGCCUCACGUACCGUCAUCUAUGGAGAAACACGAUCCAGUUCCAGCUGAGAAUGAAAGUUUUACUCCUUGUAGUGCUGAAACAAAUGAUGACAAUUCAGAUACAAUAGCUCUUUUUGAUAAUAACACAGAAGCAGAGACAGUUCAUGGGGAGUUAGAGAAGGAGGGAGAAACUCUGAGCUCACAGGAAUUUGAUUCACAGCAUAACCCUGGUAGAAGCACUCAAACCAUCCCAAAAGAUAGAGGAACAAGUGCACCAACCACAGAUCAGACCUCCGUGUCUCCAGUGAUGGAGCAUGUUAACAAUGAAAGCGACAGUGAUGCAGGCAAGCUAAAGGAAAUUGUUGAAGACAACAUAAAUGAGUCCCAGCAGGUUAAAACAGAGAUAGAAGCAUCAGGCACUAAAGAAGAUGAUUUAAAUGAAAAUAACUUCAAGUCAGUGAUCAGCUCUGAAUUAGAGGCUGGAAAAGAGGAGGAGUCAAAGGAUGGGGGGAAUCAAGGGGUGAUGAAGGUGGAGGAUAACGAGGAACUGGAGGAUUUAAAGGAGAUAAAAGAGCAAAAGGGAGAUGAGAAGGAGAGUAAUGAGGCAGAAGUGGAGAGCAUGCAGGGAGAGGUGGAAGACCUAAAGGAGGCUAACAAACAGUUGAAUGCAGAGGAGGAAAAACACCCCAAGGUGGAGGAGUUAGUGGAAGAAGAGGAACUGGUGGGUCUAGAGGGAAAAGAGAAGAAAGAAGGUGAAGGGGAAAAGGUGAAAGAGCAAAAGGAAGAUGAGGAAGAAAAGGAGUCUAAUGAGGCAGAAGUGGAGAGUAUGCAGGGGGAGAUGGGAGAGCUAAAGGAGGAUAGAAAACAGCUGCAGAUGGAAGAGUUACCAGAGAAGGAAAAAGAGGCCAAGGUGGAGAUGUUACAGAGGGAAGAAGAACUGGAGGGUGUACAGGAAAAAGAGAAGAAAGAUGAAGAAGGAAAAACAGUGCAGUCUUCUUAUUAUGAGGCAAAGAUCCCGAGCACCAUGAACACACAAGAGACAGAAACCUAUGACAAAAAUACACAAGGUGAGAAUGGCUCAGGAUCAUCUUUCACUGAAAUAGUCACACAGGUUGAAAGCCACCAAGAUGUGGAAGGAAGAAAUGGGGAGGAUGGAGAGAAAAAACAAGCCAAGGCAGAGGAGCUAAAGUUUGAAGAAAAUGACCGAGCAGAGGUUGAAGAAGUGCAUCAAGAGGAGAAUGAGGUGGAUGACAGCUUUAAAUGUUCAAAUGAGCUUUGCCCUCAAGUGCAUGAAGAAAAAGCUGGAAGUGGUUUAGAGGAAGGAGGUGAAGGAGCAAUACAAACAGAGAAGCUAAAGGAUCAAGCAAACACACCAGGAGAGAGGCAGAUGAUAGACUCGGAUGAAGAAACAGCAAAUAACACUUCAGAGGAGGCAGAAAGCACUCAUGCAUUAGGACAGGAAGAUAAAACGGAGUCUGGAGACACUGAAAGUAGCAGCAAAGCAACACAACAGUUAAACUCCGAUCAACAGACGCACACAGAGAAGGCUGCUGUUGUAGUGGAGGAUAAAGACACUGAUAUAAAAAUGAGGGAAAAUGUUGGUAAUGGUAGUGAAUCCUGGCAUGAGGGAGGAAGGGAGCCUUCAGCCCCACAUAGUGACCCUGCUAAAAGUCAGUCUGUGACAUCUGAGCAAACUGCCCCAAGUGUGUCUGAUGAUGCGUCCUCACAUCCACCUACUGAUCAGAGUGGGGAGACGGCAGAGAGUAAAACCAGUGGAGCUUUUGGUCUUUUAAAAAACCCCUUUGGUGUUUUCAGCCAGAAAUCUACCACCGAAUCCGACGGGUCCGCCGAACCAGCCCAGAGCUUCAGUACUAGUCCAGGUGAGGCGUUGCACUCGCAAGACUCUUUAACUCCUGAACAAGAACCAGAUUCCACCACUCACCACCUUGAAGUUGUGCGCAAAGACUCUCCCACUAUCACAGAGCAGCCACAGCUUCAUCCUUCCUCUGCUGAGAUGACAAGAACUCUCUCCAAACAUUACAAAAACCUGCUAGCUCACAUGGGUGCAGAUGAGACAGCUAUUUCGCUAGAGCUUUUUGGGCGACACAAGCUUCAGUUUUUGGAUUACAUUUUAUCCAAUUCAGACACCAUGUUGUACAAACCUGAUGAGGAGGAUGAAUCUAUAUUGUCAGAUGUAGAGAGACUUCUGUAUCAUCACAAGGAGACGCUGAUUGCUCCUAGCCUGACACUCACUGAUGCACUGCAGGAGGACAAAGAAAAGACCCGAAUGCUUAUGGCGCUUCAAAAACUGGAAACACUGUUGGGAAGAGUGAGACAGACUUUCAACACAAGACAGACCAACGACCGUAAUCAUCAAGCCGAGGCCAGCUGUGUUGGCGUCUCUUGUUCAAAUCAUAGAAAAAAUAAGAAAGCGAACACUGAGGAAGAGGCGAAGACGACACAAGAUCCAUCCAUCCAGAGAGAUGACUGGAUGAUAAUGAAAGAAGGCAAUAACCAAGUGGGUGGUGGUGUAGGAAAAGAUGAGAUAAGAGGAAAAAAACUCGAAGAAGCAUCCCUUCCUCAUGUUCAGCCAGGAUCACCAGAGAUGCUGAAAGGAGUUAUGAAGCAAAUUCUGGACUUCGUUUAUCAGAUGGCUGAAGACUCUUACGCCCACACUUGUGCAGCGAGGGAGCUCCUCAUAUGGCUUACUGUGCAGGUGGUAUCGUCUCUGCCCGAUGACUUAAGACCUGGGCCAGACCUGUAUGGUGUACCAUGGGAACCUAUCAUUGUCUCUGGCCUGUUGGGCCUGAUGACAGUUCUGUUGUUCACCUGUAGAUGUUACAGCUCUAUAAAAAGCAGAAUUUAUCGACGUAGAGAGCAGGGGAUGGCAGAACAGGUUGCACAGCUACUGGAUGAGAAAUCCAAAGUCCUUGAGAAUCUGAGUCAGUGUCAACAAGAGUAUGACAACCUUGAGAGUUCACUGAGGGACAGCGGUGUCUUGGCUCAGACUCAGAAGACAGAACAACUGGAGGUCAAAGCCAGACAGUUGGAGCACUCCAAACAAGAGUUGGAGAGGGAUCUGGAACAGCUAAAGGAUCAACUGGACCAGCAAAGGGAGCACAGGAUAGAACAAGAAAGGAGGAUAGCAGUCCUCGAGGACAGCAUGAAAUCCCUUGAAGAUGAAACUAAAGACUUUCAGUCACAGGAAGAGCAGGCGCAGACCACUUUGAAAGUGUACAGCAUGAACAGUGACAGACUACAGAGGAACCUGGAAACAGCUGGAGAGGAGAAUGUAGUGCUAAAGGAGAGCAAUGCUCAUUUGAGGCAGCAAGUGGAGGGAUGGGCAGAGAGAGUGAGUGAAUUGGAGGCAGAGAUGAAAAGGUGUGAGGUUGCUUACAGCGGGAUGAUGCAGGAUGUGGCCACCAAGGAUGAACGUAUAAUGUCCUUAACAGAUCGGCUGCUGAGGUUGAAAGGCUGGGAUUCAGAGCUGGAGGAAGAGGAAGGAGGAGAAAAGGAGACAGCCAAUGGUACGCCAGAAAAAGGAGAGAAGAAUGGAAGAGGGGACAUAACGGACACCCAGGCCCAUCUGCAGAAAGUCCAGAAACUUGUUUAUGCUGCUAAGCUGAAUGCAGACCUCAAAUCCCUAGAUGAGGAUAAGGACAGAGUAUUUGCCAAACUAAACGAUGAAAUCAAAGCAAAAGAAGACCUGCAAUUGAGCAUAGAAGAUAUGGAGAAAGAGAAACUAACUUUGCAGUCGGACGCCGAGAACUACUCGGAUCAGGUCCAACGAUUACAACAGAAACUCCAGAUUAUGACAGAAAUGUACCAGGAGAAUGAGCUCAAACUGCACAGACUUCUGACGGUGGAGGAGAAAGAGCGUCUGCAGAAAGAGGAGAAGUUAAACAAAGCAGACAAAAAUAUUGCGCUGGCGAUGGAGGAACUUAACAACUACAGGCAACGAGCUGAAGAAAUGGAGGAAGAGCUGGAGAAAACCAAACAGUCUUACCAGACUCAGAUAUCAGCACAUGAAAAGAAAGCUCAUAAUAACUGGGUGGCAGCCCGAGCAGCAGAACGAGAACUGUCAGACUUUAGAAGAGACAACGCUCUCUUCAGACAGAAACUGACGGAUACACAGUUUAAACUGGACGCCCUCGACAAAGACCCGUUUGCCUUGAACAGUCUAGCAAGACCAAUGCCUUUCCGAGCUGAAAGGUCACCGUAUGUUCCUUCUCCUCUGGGUCGACCUUCAUCGGAAACCAGACCAUUUCUCUCACCUCCCACGUUAAUGGAUGGACCACCUGCUCGACUGUCUCCUAGAGGUUAUAUGUUUCCAGAACCAGGAGCUCCCAUGUACAGAAGACCUCUACCUCCUCCAGGAGCUCUGGGCCUUUUGCCUCCUCCUGACUCUCUCCCUCCUGGCGUCCUUCCCCCCGGUGUCCUCCCACCUGGUGUUCUCCCUCCCGGCGCCCUCCCUCCUGGCAUCCUCCCUCCUGGCGUCCUCCCUCCCGGUCCACUCCCUCCUCGUGCCCUUCCUCCCGGUCCACUCCCUCCUGGCCCCCACCAUCCUCGGAAUGUCCCUCCAGGACCCUCUCACCCUGCAGACAUGCCAGAUUCCUACAGAGAAAACAGCUUUGGACCUGGUGAACAGGACCAUAGAGAGUCCGGUCCUGAACGCAGGACUCCCCCUGAAGCAGAUCCAAGGAUGGGUCCACCAAUGGGUCCCAUGGAUGGUCCCUUUCCUCGCAGAGCCCCUUAUGGACCCCCACCUCCUGAUUUCUAUGCUCCCAGGGGACCUGGGGGACUUCCCAUCAGGCCUAUGUGGGUUCCUCAACCUCCAGGAGUGAUGGCCCCUCCUCGAUACCAUCCUAGUGGAGCUCCCCUUCCUGCUGGUCCUCAUCCUCACAUGCCCUCUUAUGCUCCCAAUAUGCGACCCCCUUCUCCCGACGGCCACCCACCUUCUUCCAUGGGCCCUCCCCCACCUCAUCAAUCCCUCCCUUCCGCACCACAAAGCCAGUCUCCAGAGAACGCAACCUCACCUGAAGACGCCAUUUGAGCCUGACUGAGUUUCUACAUCAGCUGUGAGACGAAGAACUUCUGGUUAAUGUUUAACGUGGACAGUGUAGGGCAGAUUGCUGGUUACCCUUUUUCCAUAAACAACUAUUUAUUCACCAGAAGGAUGUGUUUAUUGAAUAGUGUUUGCAGGGGAGAACAUCCUCCUUCAUUGGCCUGUUUUCUUGCUGCUUGUUGUCCAAUGACAUUAUUUCUUACGUCUUUGUUAUUCCCUCGCCUGUUUCUCUCACCAUUUACAUUCUCUAUGAGGAAGCUGAUGUUAAAGUAAACUCGGCCUGGACUGUGUGUGUCACAUGACCCCAAAAACAGCUGCCCGUCGUCUAGUCAGCGUCAGAGGUUUUUGAUGGGAAUACUUCACCGAGAUGAAGGAGAGAUUUGAAUAAUCAUAGCAUGUCUGUCAUGGCAAAAACACAACUAGCCCUGAAAUAGUUUUUGUCUGUCAUCAUCAGUAUAAUUUAAAAAAAAAAAAGUAGCUGGUUAGCAUCUUGUUGUUGGAUUUUAUGACACUUCAGUCCGAACACGUUAAGCCUGGUUUUGCCUGCGACUGAGCUGAGUUGAUCUUGAACUCAAAUGAGACUGCUUUUGGUGAAAUGUAUCAGAGUUGCAUAAUUGAAUUUCACUGACUUCCCUGUGGGAAGUGGGAGAUUUUUCUUCUUAUUUCACAGUGAGUGAAGCAGUUGAACAGUGCUUUUGAUCAUGUUACAGUGACUUUAAUAUGGCCUAGACUUUGAAAAACAUGGCUUAUAAUAGCUGCUCAUGUUUCCCUGAAUAAACAGUCACAGGAGUGAGUUUAAUAGACUGACUGGAACAGAGGAUACCUUGAUGUGAAUUUUGUAAAAAGUGAUUAUUGCUAGAUUAAUAAAGACUUGAAUUGUCAGUGUCAUCAUAUUUACUAAUGUAAGUUGUUAUGCAUACAGCUGUAAAGUCAUCAGGAGAAACAAAACAUUAGAAUGUAACUUUUUUUAAUAAAUUUUUAAAUUGUUUUAAAUUUGACACUUCUGAAAUUGCAAAAUAUACUUUGAUUUAUUUUAACCAUGACUGUAUACAACAGUUUAUCUCAACGUCUGGUGAUUUAUCACAUGAUACAUUUCCAGAAUAUAAAAAAGAUGCUCAGAAAAAUCUGAAAAUAAAGGUUUACUUCUCCA